UGAGCAAUUCAAAAUCGAAGCAUAAUUAGCCCAAUGAACAAAUUGGAUGAGGGAGACGAAUCAAAGUAGUCCAUAACCCAUAUGUUGAUAUGAAAAAAGAAAUAAAUAAGAGAAAGAAAGCACCAUUGAUUCCGGGGUACUAAUUAGUAAUUACGUAACACUCGAAAUAAGGUUUUUUUGGGUGUUCGAACAAGAUUUGUAGAUUGCACUUGCGCACACACCAAACACACCUUCUCUAGUUCUCUUCUCCAAAGCACCAAAACCGUGGACUUUACUCACUCUCUCUCAUCUUAGAUCUCCAGCUUUUUAAUUCAGUUUUAGGUUGAAUUUGGGAUCUUCCAAGAAAGAUGGAGGAUGAUAAAAAGAAGAAGAAAAACAAGAAGAAGAAGAAUAAGCAACAACCCAAAACAACAGCAGCAACCGACGAUUCGGCAAGUUCUGUUAGUGGCGAACAAGAUAAUUUGUCAAAUAUAGCAAUUGAUGAUGAUAAACAACCUCAAAAUUAUAAUGGCUGUGUUACAGCUGACAGUGAAAAGCAAAAUUCGUUGCAAGGAGAGGCUAGAUUAAGAGAUAUGGUCAAACAACUACUUUAUGAAAAAGACUCCUACAUACAAAGACAGGCCGACCUAGAGUUGAAAAUGAAGCAAUUACAGACUGAAAGUGACUCCUGGCAUGAGAAAGAGGUGAGCCUGGAGCAGAGAAUCAGCCAGCUAUUACAAGAGAAUGCUUCUUUGAGUUUUGAACAGAGGAAUUUGCUGGAAAAAUAUCAGCAUGUUGAGAAGGAGAAACAUUCUCUUGUUGAAACAGAGAACCUAGACAAGGAAAUGAUCAUGACUCUGAAUUCCGAGAACGCAAAGUUGAAAAUGCAGGUUUUGGAGUUGGAAGGAGCUAGGAAUAGUCUUUCACAAGACAAGCAGCAGCUGCUAGACAACAUUUCUAACUUGCAGUCACGAGUUCACAAUCUUGAAAUGAGUUUGGCUACUCCAGUGCCUCCAACUGAUGCUCAAAAGGAUGCCUCUGAGAAAGAGAGCUUGAAUACUGAGAUGGAAGAAAUGUAUGCGUUGAUUGGGAAAUUGAUGGCAGAAAAUGCAGAUCUUGUUGAAAAGGUAAAUCAGAUGUCCAUGGUGCUUGGUCAACGAGCUGUAGUGCCUGAUAUAACUUCGGUGGACAUACCUGAUUAUUCCUCUGCAAAUCCUUUGUCUAGAUCCACCGAGGAUAUUCAAGAAGAUAACUCCUUGUCAACAAAGAGUUUCGAGUCUUUUGGAACAGCUCCAGUCAAAGAUGAGCAAAGAGUAACUGAUGAAUUAAACUCAGAACAUGCUAAUAUAGUCCGGCAUUCAUCAGAAACCAGUCUGACUGGAGAAAUAGUGCAAAUUUCAUUAGAUGAAAAUGAAAGUCAGGAUAUAGAAGCACAAGCUUCUGUAGGUGUUGAAGAUGAGAGUGUGCCACUUGCUGAUGCUCCUCUGAUCGGUGCUCCUUUUAGGCUUAUUUCUUUUGUUACGAAUUAUGUAAGUGGUGCCGAUCUAGUCAACAAGGGUCCAUCAAACUCGCUGCAGUAACCUAAAAUAUGUUCUAACUUGUAGAAGGUCCGUUGAGAUAGGAAGGAAAUAGAUGGUCAUACUACGUAUUUGAGUUAUUUUACAGUAAACAUUUUUUAACACAAGAUUGGACUACAGAUUACUGUCCCAUUGCUUUUUUGUUGUUGGCCAUUUUUUAUUUUUGGUUAUAAUGGCCAACCUGUAUCACCUGAGUUGAUAUAAUUGAAAUUUGAUUUAAAGCGAA